AUGAAUAACAAUUUGUGGAUAACAUUAGCCGAACGUCACAUCCAGACGCGACAAAUCAAUUGGUCAAUCACUUCAAGAUUUUGCUUCAAUGAGAAAGAGAACCCUGAUGAUGAGGCACUGGGAGUCCAGAUUGUCAAGUAUAAAGCAGCCAGUUCCACGAUCUUCACCGUACGGGUUGUAGUCUUUUCAGUGGUGAAGAAUCCCAAAACCAAGCACUUCUCAAACAAGUACUUCUGGCAUAUGCUCGUUGGAACAAAUUUUUGA